AUGUCUUCUCAACCGACCACGUUCCGCUUUCGCGAUUUGCCUCGCGAGAUCCGUGACAAGAUCUAUCGGGAGCUGCUUUGCAACUUCAAACCCCGCCCAGAGGAAGGAUUUAUGAGUGCUGAAGAGACAUUCGAGUAUACCCAAGCCAACAACGGCAAUGAAGCAGCCAUAUUACGCACGAACAAGGAUGUCUACCGAGAGGCAUACGACGUCAUGGUCAAGACUAACCGCUUCGUCCGACUGACAUCCGCUCGGGGCCUGCCCAUAAUCCUCCUUCUCCAAAGCAUACGCGUGCCUAUCGUCACAUCGGACAAGGCCAAGGUUGAACAAUUUAAAGGCUAUGUUCUUGCGCUUCGCAUCGGCAGCACAGUACCUCCGAACACGCCCCAAGACGAUCUUGAAAUAUCACAACCAUGCUCUGUGAUGAUACUGCACCGCGAUAUGGGCUGGCUGUGCCAGGCUCUCAGCGAUGGAGAUGCGCAUAGGAAAGGGUUCAGCUUGGUGGUACAGAUCUCGAUUGACGUUGCACCGGCACUGAUCGAACCACUUCCCAUCGGUCAUGUAACUUUUCUCCAGGAUUUCUUUUCGGAAACCACGCAAGCGACACUACUUGCGCCUUUCCGGACCUUGCUUCGAGGACUUCAGAAUAUCAAGGUCCAGGGUCAUGUCAAUGAAGAUCUUGCCCUUGCAGUACAGGACGAGAUCAAACAAGACCGCUGGUCAGACCCAGAAAAAGUGCUUGCCGAUCUCGUAGCUGCGAAGGAGAAUGGCUCGAGCCUGUUCAAGCAGCAAAACGGAGGGGACGCUUAUCUUGCAUGGGCGGAUGCCGCGGUCGAUAUUGACAAAAUCUUGGCAUCCGGCGCAUGGCCUGCCCUUGUCAGGCGUGGCGGCAAGCACUUCGUAUCCCAGUUGGCUGAGUUAUACUUUCUUUUACGUCUCAACCUGGCAUUUAUACAGAUUGCAAACAUACAGGAAAAUCCAGGCAUGGCGUUUUAUGCUGCCAUUAUAGCCGAGGAAAGCUUGAACUCGGCAGCCCGCUCUACAAAGAAGAGUCAUUGGAUGGAAGGAUACAAGUAUCGACCAUCAAUCCAACACUUAGCCAAAUUGAGAUAUAGGUUUGCGGUCUUGAUACGACUUAAGCGCGAGCCAGGCACAGCAGAUCGUGCUUUGAUGUAUAUUGAUGCAGCGCUGCAAUUACAACCUGGGGACGCGUCGAUCAUGAAGGAAAGAGAUAGUAUCUUGGUGUGGCUACAGAGUGGUGGUUGA